AUGAAGAGCAUUCUAGCUAUCACCACACUCCUGGCAAGUGCCGCAGUCGGCGGUCUCGCAGCGCCCCCUUCUUCGCCAGCAGGCUCCAUCAUGGAGAUCCAGACAGGGCAGGACAUGCAGCUGAUGAUGGAGCCCCACGAGAUUCUGGCAAUCAAGGAAUGCAUGCAGCACAAUGCGGCCCCAGACUUGGUGGCCGACUACUCGCAGGAGGGUUCAGGCACGGCGAUGUUCAGCCACCUCCCCGGAAUCUGCUGCGAGGUUCUCAAGAAGGCCGUCAAGAAGCACGGCUGGUUCCCUAACUUUGGUCAAAUCGGCUUCGGCGGCGGCGAUCAGUGCACAGAGGUCAAAUUGACAGACGUGCCGUCCGCAAAGUUCAAGUUGCUCAAGAAGCUCACGGGAACAGGGCCAAGUUAUACCAGCCCUUCCACACCACGGGGACAAAUAGCGCACGAGAUGAAGCUGACUACGCUCGUCAUACUAUCCGCCAGCUUCGCCGGCGUCGCUUUGGCAGAGUGGAAGAAGAAAUACACUCUACCUGAUCACUGGAUCGAUCACUGCCACGAGCGGCUGGCUUGUGGGAAGCUUGAAGGCUGCUAUGAUGAGGAGAUCUAUAGUGGCCAAGCGGGAGAAAUGCUGGCAGACCUGCCGCAAAUUAUGAUUGAGGAGAAGUGGUACAAGAUCAACGGUUGUAUAAGGAAGAACAGGGGCGAAGACUAUUUCGUCAACUUGUGUCACAAGGAGCAGGGCGUGGUCAAAUACAAGGGCAUGCCACCCAAAUGCUGUGAAAUGAUGAUGGGUUAUAUGUAUCAUUUCGCUCUGACAAAAGAGGUCAACGACGAGUGCACCGAGAUAACCCUCAGGAAUGUGCCCAAGAGUGGGUGGCCUGAGAUCGAGUUUGCGACGGCGAGAUUCAACUGGGACGAAUACAUCGCGCACAAGAGAAAGACUUACUGUAAGAACGUGACCUGGGACAACGGCCAUCCCACCGUUAACGACGGCGACGAAUGA